CGGGGGCUCGGGGGCCGGGCUCCCCCCACCUCGAGACCCAGAGCGGCGGCGGACUGGGAGGGGCCGGGCGGCGCAUGCGCGGGGCCCGGGGCGCGGGGCGAGGGCGCUUGCCGCGGGCUCGUGCCGGGGAUCCCGGGGCCCAGGGGGCCGCCCCUUGCUCGGCCUCCCUCCGCGCGCCCGUGGCCUGCCCGGAGCCUCGGCGUUCACAGCUGUCGCUGGGGCUGGGACCUGGGCAGAGGUCGAGACCCAGGACCUCAGAGACACUGGGUCCUCAGGUUGUCCCCCCGGAGAGAAGGCCCACCAGGCGGGGGCAUCAGGCGCGCCCUUCCUUCUGCGUGGUCGAGCUUGGGCGUCACCGACUGGGGGCGUUUCCCGAGAACGCCGGGGAUCCCCUAGGCCAGGUGGUGGAGAGUUGGGGAGAAUCCAGAGGACAUAUCGUUGUAAUCAUUUCGUCCUUUACCUUCUUACUGCCAAGGCUGCUGUGAAAGGCCCUGCCUCUGCUGUGAAGUAACAGUUUGUGGCCAGACAAGUCCAGAACCAAGACGUUGCCAUCACAGGUAAAUAGAAGGAACGUGGAGCCCGGCGGUGGGACCAGCCCUAUCCAGUCGAGAUGGUGGACACAGAGAGCCCGAUUGGUCCCCUCUCCCCACUCGAGGCUGAUGAUCUGGAAAGUCCACUCUCUGAAGAAUUCCUGCAAGAAAUGGGAACCAUUCAAGAGAUUUCUCAGUCCAUUGGUGAGGACAGUUCUGGAAGCUUUAGUUUUACAGAAUACCAGUAUUUAGGAAGUGGUCCAGGUUCAGAUGGCUCCGUUAUUACAGACACCCUCUCACCAGCCUCGAGUCCCUCGUCUGUCUCUUACCCUGUGGUUCCUGGCAGCACCGAGGAAUCGUCCAGCGUAGCACUGAACAUCGAGUGUAGAAUCUGUGGGGACAAAGCCUCAGGCUACCAUUACGGAGUUCACGCAUGUGAAGGCUGCAAGGGUUUCUUUCGGAGAACUAUUCGGCUAAAGCUGGCAUAUGACACAUGUGACCGUAGUUGCAAGAUUCAGAAAAAGAAUCGGAAUAAGUGCCAGUAUUGUCGUUUUCACAAGUGCCUUUCAGUUGGGAUGUCCCAUAAUGCAAUUCGUUUCGGACGAAUGCCAAGAUCUGAAAAAGCAAAAUUGAAAGCAGAAAUCCUUACAUGUGAACACGACCUAGAAAAUUCCGAAACCGCAGAUCUCAAAUCUCUCGCCAAGAGGAUUUACGAGGCCUACUUGAAGAACUUCAACAUGAACAAGGUCAAGGCCCGGGUCAUCCUCGCAGGAAAGGCCAGCAACAAUCCGCCUUUUGUCAUACACGACAUGGAGACGUUGUGUAUGGCCGAGAAGACUCUCGUGGCCAAGCUGGUGGCCAACGGCAUCCAGAACAAGGAGGCAGAGGUCCGCAUCUUCCACUGUUGCCAGUGUACGUCUGUGGAGACGGUCACGGAGCUCACAGAAUUCGCCAAGUCCAUCCCGGGGUUCGCAAACUUGGACUUGAACGACCAAGUCACUUUGCUGAAAUAUGGAGUUUACGAGGCCAUAUUUGCAAUGCUGUCUUCUGUGAUGAAUAAAGACGGGAUGCUGGUAGCAUAUGGAAAUGGUUUUAUAACUCGUGAAUUCCUAAAAAGCCUAAGAAAACCAUUUUGUGAUAUCAUGGAGCCCAAGUUCGAUUUUGCAAUGAAGUUUAAUGCACUGGAGCUGGAUGACAGUGAUAUUUCCCUUUUUGUGGCUGCUAUAAUUUGCUGUGGAGAUCGGCCCGGCCUUCUAAAUGUGGGACACAUUGAAAAAAUGCAGGAGGGUAUCGUGCACGUGCUCAAACUUCACUUACAGAGCAACCAUCCCGACGACGUCUUUCUCUUCCCAAAACUCCUGCAAAAGAUGGCAGAUCUGCGGCAGCUGGUCACGGAGCAUGCGCAACUGGUGCAGGUGAUCAAGAAGACAGAGUCCGACGCCGCCCUGCACCCGCUGCUGCAGGAAAUUUACAGGGAUAUGUACUGAUUUCUUGGAAACGCACACAAAAAAACUUUUCAAGCGUUUUUAAAGGCGACAGCACUACAAGUGAGAGAUGGGAGCAACGCAACUUUGCACAAGUGUCACCAUUUGAACCUGGGACGAAGGAAAGUAUAAGCUCUAGGUAACCGGAAUCCUGUUCCAUGUUUCUUUCCUUUUUUAACCACUGCUUCAAGAAAUGCGAGUGAUAAACAGCUAUUAGUCAGGACUUGGAAAAUUAAGCAGAAUGGUGUUCAGUGGUCUGAUUUAAUGCACCCGAUGUGAAUCAAUGCAGAUUUUUGUCACAUUAGGAAUUUACUGGUGAAUUAACCUCAAAAUACGUGGUCUGUCUUCCCUUUUCACCACCUUUUGACUGUUGUGCUCCUUUAUAAUUUUGAAAACUAAUCAGCACUUUGUAAUUUUUAUAAUCCUGUAAACCUAGAUGUCUCCAAAGGUUAGGUAUUUUAAAAGUUUCCUGAAUUUGAAGAAAGACAACAUGCUGUUUUUGAAUCGUAGGAUUUAGAAUGUCAAAGAAUGAUUCGAUAAGCUAUCAAAAUGCAGCGAUUGUUUUGUUUCAGUUCGCUGUUUUUGUGGUGUAACUAAUAUGUGAAAAAGCCUAUUCCCAGGUUUGUGUAGAUCCCGGAAAGCCACGUCUCACGGGCCCUCUGGACUCGAUCCUCCGCCUGUUUAAGGCUAGUGUCUGUGGUCAACAGGAACAAGACAGACUCUGAAGCAUGUCAGCUUCCCAUUCCUCUCACCUCCAUUUCCUAUCAAAUCUGAACCAACUGACUCAGGCUGUUUGGGGGCCAGGGUCACGUCUCCAGGGGCAAAGUGACAAGUUAUUUGUAAAUCUUGCUCUGGGCCCCCUCUGUCAAGGCAGCUCCUUGGUCUUUUUCUGUGUUGCUUUUUUAAACAUGCGGCUUAAUUUUUAUAACUCUUGCUGGUGGUAGCUGCUCCCUGGAGUGGAGAAGACGAGGCACAGGUGACUUUAUAGUGUGGCCUGGGGGCAGGGGUCUCAUCUGGAGAA